AUCUGGGGGUUCUUUCUUUGAACUUUUUAAUGACACGCGAAAAAAAGCUGGAAAACUGUUAUUUUUUCUUGAUAUAUGGAUAAUCGUUCACAUUACCAUGAUCGCAAUUGGCUCAUUGCACUUGAAUCAAUGUUCAGCAGAAAAAUUUAUACCGAUAUAUCUCAUUGUUGGGGGAGUAUUUGGCAUAGCAAAAAAUGUAUUAAAUAUAGUUCAGCACUUUCGAAAGACGGAUGAUGAAGAAUUUAACGUUUUUUACUUAGAUAAAAUACUUAAUGCAUUUUUAUUUUGCUGGUUUAUUGCAGGUUGUGUUUGGAUAUACAAAGCGUACAAACCCGAAUUCAACGAUACCAGCGAUGCUAAAUAUUGCAAUAAAGUAUUGUAUCUGUUUGCAUUUUGGUUAACGAAUAUCACAUUGUUUUUAAUGGUUUUCUCAGUUGUUUUAUGUUGCGCUUAUGUGGGAUGUUUAUUCUGUAGAAAGAAUUAAAUAUACCAUUUAAAACUUCUUAAAUUUCUUAAUUAACAUUAAGAUUUAAGAAAAC